ACAGAAAGCGAAGAAGAGAAAUCUGAAUUCAAAAAUCGAAAAUGUUAAGAGUAAAUCGAGUGGUAAGCCAAACAAGAGCUUCGAUUCCCACCUGUAAACAACUCCUAAAUCAUGAACCAAAGCUUUUGUCUUUCCCUCCUCAACAUUUCGCUCGAAAAUCCUCCAAUCGCUUCCUCGACAUCUACCAGCUUGGAAAUAAGGAAGCAAUCGAGAAAGAACGGGCAAGACUUGCCGAUGAAAUGAAUAGAGGAUAUUUCGCCGACAUUUCUGAGCUCAAACAACAUGGUGGUAAGAUUGCAAUGGCAAACAAAAUUAUUAUUCCUGCAAUGGCAGCCGUGAAGUUUCCUGGCUUAGAAGUAACCUAUUCUGAUGGUAGAACGUUAAAACUGCCCAUCGUUUCGAAUGGAGAUCGGGUUGAUGCCAAGAAGUUGGCUGUCCCAAAAGUAUCUUUAGUCUGUCUGUCAUUUAGAGCUAGCUCCCAGAAAAUGAUUGACACUUGGUGCACACCUUUUUCUGAAGCCUUUGGCAAUUCCAAGGAUGUUCAGCUCUAUGAGGUGUCAUUUAUAGACUCAUGGCUCUUAUGCCGGAAUCCAAUUAAACGGCUGCUUCUUCGAACCAUGAGGAAGUCUAUUGAUGGUGAGAAGGAUGCUCUUCAGAGGCAGAUUGUCUAUUCAUUUGGUGACCAUUAUUACUUCAGAAAGGAACUGAAGAUACUGAACCUUCUAACUGGGUAUAUUUUCCUGCUUGACAAACUUGGUAGGGUAAGAUGGCAAGGCUUUGGUUUGGCAACCCAAGAGGAAUUAUCAUCACUUCUUUCUUGCACCACACAUCUUCUGGAGGAGAAAUAGUAUUUUAUGUAGGACUAUAUUGGGUUACUUCUGUAAAAUGAUCCUAUCAUUCCUUUGGUAUUCCUUGCGGAUGCUUUGGCUUCUCUGAAGUGCUUUAGCCGUUACUAUAAGCCUCUUGGCGCAAAAAGUUGAAGAAAACUUUAUAGUUUGAGAGACCUCAAUUUUGUUGUAGAGUACCUUGGUAUUAAGUCUUUCCCAAGAACUGAUGUACAAUAAUACCCUGUUUUCAGAGUUGAAUGAAUUUUGUUUCGAAUUUCUAUUCAACUAUAAGAAUAAGACGUAUCACCUCUUCAACAUUGUUUAGAUUUAACGUAACGUUUUCACCACCAUCGAUGUUCUUAAUUCGAUAGGCAAGCUAUUAAUAUUGCCACAUUUCUGGCGUUUUACAAACAAAUAUUUUUCCUAGUGGAAGAAGUGUUCUACAAACAGAUUAAUUGAUGCAAGCGAGCUGGAAAAUAUUUCUAUGCUAUGAUUAAUGCUUAAUGUAGCUUUGGUAAUUGAUAGAGCUGAAAAGGAACCAGACUUUGUUACUAGGGGGGUAAGUGUGAAGGCGGUUACUGUUGUAUACAAAAGGUCUGGCUGUGGUUGUGUCGGACAUCGACCAUUGCGUAAUGAGUGGCCCAUGGGCCCGGAGGGUUUAUGGAGCCCACUGCAUAUACCUAACAAAGGCAG